UUCACCCCCAUCGCUACUACCAGCCUCUUCAGGAACAGAAAACUGAAUCUUCUUCUCUAGUUAAGUGGCCGAAUUUGGUAGCUUCUCGGUGAGAUGCAGCCAAAAGACGCUCUUCUGUUGCCCCGAGGCCCUGCUAGAAAUAGGAGUCUCCUUGGCACUUGCUGUGAGGAAAAAGCCACUAAAUCGGUGUGAUCAUCCAACACUCAGUUUGACUUGGCAGAAACCACAAGGGCCACUCAGUGGUCUUUCUACCAGGAAACCCGACAGAGGAACAACCAGGGUACCACGGGCUUCUCGGUGACCUCGGCUGAGGCUUAGCUGCAGGGCUGACCAAUUCUGGUAGUGACUGGAAAAGGGGCACAGUGGCCUCUCUGGGGGGGGUCCUAACCAUGCCUGGAGCUGUAGGGCCCGUGGGGAACCAGCUGGGUAGCACCUACAUUUUAAAAUAUUAGGUUCGAGCAGUUAUGGUGGCUCACACCUGUAAUCACAGCACUUGGGGGGCUGAGGCAGGAAGGCUGAUUGCCAGUUUGGGUUACAUAGCAAGAGCUUAUCUCGAAUGAAAAAAAAAGGUUGCUGCAUGUGAAUGUCUCCCAGCUGUGCUGUGGGAGACAGAGCAAGGCCCCAAGUGGCCCCACCUCUCCUGGCCGGCGAGCGGUGGGCGGGGGCCACGGCUGAUAGCGGACCUCCGUGCAAGGGGCCCCGGUGUUGGCUAACUCCAGCACGAGGACCCGCUGAGCCAGCGCCUGCCUAUGUGCUUAGGUCGGUCUGUUUCGCCUUGCUCCGGCCAGGCCACUUCUCCACCUGGGUGUGAUCGUUGCUCUUUAGCUGGGCGUGUGGGUGUAACAAGUCCAAACCUCGUGGGAGUCGCUCGGGCGCCCCGCCCUUGGGCUGUGCCCUCUCCUCCCAGACUGGUUGUGCAGGAGCUGGCUGUGCACGUCGGGGCGGGCGGGCGAGCGCUGGGGCAUGCGCGGGCCGGGCCUGGCCAGGACACCACACCUGCAGGGAGGGGCCUCCCAGAAACUGCCAUCCCUGACCGCCGCCCCACCUCUCCAGAGCCCGGCUAGUAGCCAGCGAGGACGCGCGUCGCCUUCCCGCCCUCCUCCCAGGAGAGCCCAGCCUGAGCCGGCACCUGCUUCACCACCAUGUUCAAGGGGCUGAGCAAAGGCUCCCAGGGGAAGGGGUCCCCCAAGGGCUCCCCAGCCAAGGGGUCCCCCAAGGGCUCCCCCAACAAGCACAACCGGGCUGCAACCCAGGAACUGGCCCUGCUCAUCUCUCGAAUGCAAGCCAACGCUGACCAGGUGGAAAGGGACAUUUUGGAGACUCAGAAGAGAUUGCAACAAGACCGGCAGAAUGGUGAGCAGAACCAGGCUUUGCAGCACCAGCAGGAGACCGGCCGCAACCUGAAGGAGGCUGAGGGGCUGCUUAAGGACCUUUUCCUGGAUGUAGACAAGGCCCGUCGGCUCAAGCACCCUCAGGCUGAGGAGAUUGAGAAGGAGGCACAGAAACUGGUCUGUGAGGGCCAGUACGGGCCUGGGAUGGCAGAGUUGGAACAGCAGGUGGCCGAGCAUAACAUCUUGCAGAGAGAGAUCGAGGCAUACGGACAGCAGCUACGGACCCUGGUGGGACCGGAUGCGACCACCAUCAGGAACCAAUACCGUGACCUACUGAAGGCGGCCUCCUGGCGCCGACAGAGCCUGGGCAGCUUGUACACACACCUGCAGGGCUGCACUCGGCAGCUGAGUGCCCUGGCGGAGCAGCAAGGCCGCAUCCUGCAGCAGGAUUGGAGUGACCUCAUGCCUGACCCCACUGGUGUGAGGCGAGAGUAUGAGCACUUUAAGCAGCAUGAACUGCUGGCCCAGGAGCAGAAUAUUAACCAGCUGGAGGAUGACGCAGAUCGCAUGGUGGAACUUGGGCAUCCAGCCGUUGGGCCCAUCCAGGUCCACCAGGAGGCCCUCAAAAUGGAGUGGCAGAAUUUCCUGAACCUUUGCAUCUGCCAGGAGAGCCAGCUCCAGCAUGUGGAGGACUACCGCAAGUUUCAGGAAGAGGCAGACUCUGUCAGCCAGACCCUGGCGAAGCUCAACUCCAACCUGAACACCAAGUAUGGCCUCAUCGCUGGGGCCUCCUCUGGCUCCGCCACAGAGCUCCUGCUGCAGCUGGAGGCAGAGGAGAAGCAGCUGGCCAUGACGGAGAGGGCCGUGGGGGAGCUGCAACAGCAAAGCCGGAAGGUGGCCCCGCUGCCACAGCGUAGGAACCCACCCAAGCAGGCCCUGCAGGUGGACAGCAUCUGUGACUGGGACUCAGGAGAAGUGCAGCUGCUUCGGGGAGAGCAGUACACACUCAAGGACAAUGCUGACCCAUAUACGUGGGUGGUUCAGGGCCCUGGAGGAGAGACCAAGAGCGCCCCCGCUGCCUGCCUCUGUAUCCCUGCACCAGACCCUGAAGCUGGCGCCACGGCCUCCAGACUGGGUGCAGAGCUGCAGACCCUGAAGCAGAAACUGUCUACAGUGAAGAGCCGCCUUAAGACCACUGUGGUCGAGCCCUUACAGCCAGGCCAGCAGGCUCCAGCAGGCUCAGCCCCAGCUGACCCCCAGGCUCAGAAACUCCUGACACGGAUGACCCAGCUGGAUGGGGAUCUGGGGACAAUAGAGAGGCAGGUGCUGACCUGGGCUCGGACCCCGCUGAACCGAUCUAGUCCACUGGCAGACCUGGAAGACCGCAUCCACAGCCAUGAGGGCACAGCACAGCACCUUCAGAGCCUGGGAGCUGAGAAGGAGGCAGCCCAGCAGGAGUGCGAGGCGUUUCUGUCUACGAAGCCUGUGGGCCCAGCGGCCCUGCAGCUGCCUGUGGUCCUUAACAAUGUCAAGAAUAAGUACAAUGAUGUGCGGAGUCUGUGCUGCCUCUAUGGGGAGAAAGCCAAAGCUGCCCUGGGCCUGGAGCAGCAGAUCCAGGAGGCAGACGUGGUCAUCCGAGGCUUCGAGACUACCCUGGCACAGGAGGGCCCCAUCCCUGAAGGCUCUGGGGCCCUGCAGGAGAGGGUCAGUGAGCUGCAGCACCAGCGGAAAGAGCUCCUCCAGCAACAGGCCUGUGUGCUGGGGCUGCACCGCCAGCUGAAGGCGGCUGAGCAUGCGUGCGGUGCACUGCAGAACAACUUCCAAGAGUUCUGCCAAGACCUGCCGCGCCAGCAGCGCCAGGUGCGCGUCCUCACAGACCGCUACCACGCCGUGGGGGACCAGCUGGAUCUGAGAGAGAAGACCCUACAAGAUGCCAGGCUCACCUACCAGCAGUUCAUAAAUGUCAGGGAUAACCUGAAUUCCUGGCUGGAGCAGCUGCCCCACAACCAGAUGCUGCCCGGAGAUGGGCCCAGCCAGAUUGCCUACAAGUUACAGGCACAGAAGAGGCUGAUGCAAGAAAUCCUGGGACAUGAGCAGGACCGGGCCACAGUGUCCUGCCUCACGCAGGACCUGCAGGAAGCUCUCCAGGACUAUGAGCUACAAGCAGAUACCUACCGCUGCUCCUUGGAGCCCACCCUGGCAGUGUCUUCUCCUAAGAGAGUCCGAGUGAUUUCCCUUCAGGACAGUGUCCAGGCUCAGGAGAAGAACCUCACCAAGGCUUACACGGAGACGACUGCAGCCCAGCAGCAGCAGCUGUACCAGCUGGAGUUUGCUAAAAAGAUGCAGGAGAAGGAGCUUAGUGAGGACAUCCGAAUGACACACAGAGCGGCACAGGGAUCCGGGAGCCCAGCCCAAGCAGGGGCAGAGUCAGAGGCCUUGAAGUCCCAACUAGCGGAAGAGAGGAAGCGGGUGGCUGAGGUGCAGCGGGAGCUGGAAGCGCAGAGGCAGCAGCUGCUCCAGCUGAGGACCCAGCAGCCCGUGGCGAGGCUGGAGGAGAGAGAGGUGGUGCAGGUCUACCGGGACCCCCAGCUGGAGAGAGAGGUGGCUAAAAUGUCGUCCCGGAUGGCGGAGGAGGGCAAGAGGCGGGCCCACCUGCAGGCCGAGCUGGAGGUGGUGGCCCAAAAGGUCGUCCACUUGGAGGGCAAGAGGAGGACCACGCAGCCGCACCUGCUGACCAAAGAGGUCACCCAAAUCGAGAGGGACCCUGGCCUAGACAGCCAGGCCACCCAGCUGCAGGACGAGAUGCAACGGCUGCGUGGGGAGAAUGCGGUCCUCGCGGCCCGGCUGGAAGAACUGAAGGACGAGCUGCUGGCCUUGGAGCGGAGGGAGGUGAAGGUGAAGGAGAAGGUGGUGGUGAAGGAGGUGGUUAAAGUCCAGAAGGACCUGCAGAUGGUCAAGGCGGUCCAGACGCUGCAGCUGCAGAUUGGGGAAGACGCUGCACGGAGGAAGGGGGCGACGGAGGCGGUUGCUAAGAUACAGGCCCGGAUCAAAGACCUGGAGCAGGCGAUCAGCUCGGCGGAGCCCAAGGUCAUCGUGAAGGAGGUAAAGAGGGUGGAGCAGGACCCUGGCCUUCUCAAGGAAGCCUCCAGGCUGAGAAGCCUCCUGGAGGAGGAGAAGAACAAGAAUGUCGUGUUGGCCAGGGAACUGCAGGACCUGCGGGACAAAUACAGUGUGGUGGAGAAGCAGAAGCCCAAGGUACAGCUGCAGGAGCGCGUCAAUGAGGUCUUCCAGGUGCACCCCGAGACAGAGCGGGAGAUCGCCCGGCUCCAGGCUCAGCUGCAGGAGACAGGCGACAAGAGGAGCAGCGUGGAAAAGGAGGUGGAGAGGCUGCUGCCUGAGCUGGAGGUCCUGCGGGCUCAAAAGCCAGUGGUGGAAUACAAGGAGGUAACUCAGGAGGUGGUGAGGCACGAGAAGAGCCCGGAAGUGCUCCGUGAGAUCGACCGCCUCAAGGCUCAGCUCAACGAGCUGGUCAACACCAAUGGGCGCUGCCAGGAGCAGCUCAUCCGGCUGCAGGGAGAACGUGAUGAGUGGAAGCGGGAACGGUCCAAGGUGGAGACCAAGAUGGUGAGCAAGGAAGUCGUGCGGCACGAGAAAGACCCGGUGCUGGAGAAAGAGGCCGAGAGGCUCCGGCAGGAGGUGCGGGAGGCGGUCCAGAAGAGGCGGGCGGCCGAGGGCGUGCUCUAUGAGCUGCAGAGCAAGUACCUGUUGCUGGAGAGGAGGCGGCCGGAGGAGCAGAUCGUGGUGCAGGAGGUGGUGGUCACCCAGAAGGACCCGAAGCUGCAUGAGGAGCACAGCCGGCUGAGCCAGAGCUUAGAUGAGGAAGUGGGGCGGCGGCGGCAGCUGGAGCUGGAGGUGAGGCAGCUGAGUGCCAGUGUGGAGGAGAAGGAGGCCCUGCUCAGCUUUGAGGAGGACCGCAGCAAGAAGCUGGCUGCCGAGAAGGAGCUGCGGCAGCUGACCCUGAAGAUCCAGGAGCUGGAGAAGCGGCCUCCUGCCCUGCAGGAGAAGAUCAUCCUGGAGGAAGUGGUCAAGUUAGAGAAAGAUCCAGAUCUGGAGAGGUCUACAGAAGCCCUGAGGCGGGAGCUGGACCAGGAAAAGAGCCAGGUGAUGGAGCUGCACCGCAAGUGCAAGGGCCUGCACGUGCAGGUUGACCUCCUCCAGACAACGAAAUCCCAGGAGAAGACCAUCUACAAGGAAGUCAUCAGGGUGGAGAAGGACCCGAUGCUGGAGGGGGAGAAGGCCCGAGUGUGGGAGACCCUCAGUCAGGAGCGCACAGCCCGCCAGGCCCGGGAGGAGGAGGUCCGGAGCUUGCGGGAUCGCAUUGACCGGGCUGAGGCUCUGAGGAGGUCCUGGUCGCGUGAGGAGGCCGAACUCCAGAAGGCCCGGGACCAGGCGAGCCAGGACUGUGGGCGGCUGCAGCACGAGCUGCGAGAGCUGGAGCUGCAGAAGCAGCAGAAGGCCCAGCAGCUGCAGGAGGAGGGGCGGCUACUGAGCCAGAAGACGGAGAGCGAGCGCCAGAAGGCGGCCCAGCAUGGCCAGGCCCUCUCGCAGCUCGAGGCAGCCAUUCUCCAUGAAAAGGACAAGAUCUACGAGAAGGAGAGGACCCUCAGGGACCUGCACACCAAGGUGAGCCGGGAGGAGCUCAGCCAGGAAACCCAGACCCGGGAGACCAACCUGUCCACCAAGAUCUGCAUCUUGGAACCGGAGACCGGGAAUGACAUGUCUCCCUACGAGGCCUACAAGAGGGGUAUUAUCGACAGAGGCCAGUACCUCCAGCUGCAGGAGCUUGAGUGCGACUGGGAAGAAGUGACCACCUCCAGCCCCUGUGGGGAGGAGUCUGUGCUCCUGGACCGCAAGAGCGGGAAGCAAUACUCCAUUGAGGCGGCUCUCCGCUGCCGUCGCAUUUCCAAGGAAGAAUACCACAGGUACAAAGAUGGCCGCCUCCCCAUCUCCGAGUUUGCCCUGCUUGUGGCCGGGGAGACCAAGCCCUGCUCCUCACUCUCCAUUGGGUCCAUCAUCUCCAAGUCCCCUCUCUGUUCCCCAGGCCCCCAGAGUGGCGGUCUCUUCUCCCCAGGCCUCUCUUUUGGGCUCACUGAUGAUUGCUUCCCCAUUGCUGGGGUUUAUGAUACCACCACAGAAAGCAAGUGUAGCAUCAAGGCGGCUGUGGCCAAGAACAUGCUGGACCCCAUCACUGGGCAGAAGCUGUUGGAGGCCCAGGCAGCCACAGGGGGCAUCGUGGACCUUCUUAGCCGAGAGCGAUACUCUGUGCACAAGGCGGUGGAGCGGGGACUCAUUGAGAACACCUCCACGCAGCGGCUGCUCAAUGCCCAGAAGGCCUUCACCGGCAUUGAGGACCCGGUCACCAAGAAGAGGCUGUCAGUAGGUGAGGCCAUCCAGAAGGGCUGGAUGCCCCAGGAAAGUGUGCUUCCCCACCUGCUGGCACAGCACCUGACCGGGGGUCUCAUUGACCCCAAGAGGACGGGACGCAUCCCUGUCCCUCAGGCUGUGCUCUGCGGGAUGAUCAGUGAAGACCUGGGCCAGCUUCUGCAAGACGAACUGGGCUACGAGAAGGACUUGACUGACCCCAUCACCAAGGAGCGGAUGAGCUACAAGGAGGCCAUGGGGCGUUGCCGCAAAGACCCACUAAGUGGCCUGCUGCUACUCCCGGCCAUGCUGGAAGGAUACCGCUGCUACCGUGCAGCCUCCCCCACCCUGCCACGCUCCUGCGUGCGUUAAUGAGGGCUAUGCAGAGGGGAGGGGAGGGUAUGUGUACCCCCUUGCCCUGGAGCAGCGUAAUCCCAGGCAGUGGGUCCUCCCUCUGUCCAUCUGCCUCUUACUACUCAAACAGUUGUGGUGUUGGGCUCUGUCCCCAAACUCGGGGAGCUCCGUUGUCCCUCCAAACCCCCACCCCAUGCUUCUAAUAAAUGAACUGUAUUGACGCCGUG